AUGGUGGGAAAUCACUCUGGACUCAUCAAAUUUUAUAUUGAAGGCUUUCCUGGAUCACCAGAGUUUCGCUAUACACUCUUUGCCAUAUUCUUCUUCUCCUUUUUUGUGACUUUAAUGGGAAAUGUGGUAAUCAUUGUCAUUGUCUGUGCUGAUCGCCGACUACACUCUCCUAUGUAUUUCUUCCUUGGUCAUCUGUCUGUCUUGGACAUCCUGAUUACUUACACUAUCAUUCCUCCCAUGUUAGCAGGAUUGUUAAUGUCUGAAGUCCUCUCCAUGUCUUUUUCAGCCUGUGUUACUCAACUCUUCUUGUAUCUCUCUUUUGGGACAGUAGAGUUAGUAUUACUUGGAACAAUGGCAGUAGACCGUUAUGUAGCUGUUUGUAACCCCCUAAGAUACAACAUCAUCAUGAACAAUCAAGUUUGUCUCUGGGUGGUAAUUUUGGCCUGGGUCUUUGGGUUUCUUUUUGAAAUCUGGCCAGUCUAUGCUACUUUUCAACUCUCUUUCUGCAGGUCAACUCUUGUAAGUCAUUUUUAUUGUGAGAGAGGAUUAUUGCUCAAGCUUUCCUGUGAUGACACAGUUUUCCUAGAGUUUAUUCUCUUCUUGAUGGCCAUUGUUGUUCUCUUUGGUUCUUUGCUUCCCACUGUGAUCUCCUAUACUUACAUAAUCUCCACCAUCUUAAAGAUCCCUUCUGCCUCUGGCCGGAGAAAGGCCUUUUCCACUUGUGCCUCUCACUUCAUAUAUGUAGUAAUUGGUUAUGGCACCUGUUUAUUUCUUUAUGUAAAACCCAAGCAGACCCAAGCUGUGGAAUAUAACAAGACUGUCUCCUUGCUGAUUUUAGUGGUAACCCCAUUUCUGACACCCUUUAUCUUCACUCUGCGGAAUGAUAAAGUUAAAGAAGUUCUGAGAGAUGGGAUGAAACGCUACUGUCAUCUCUUUCAUGGGCUGCUCAUCCACCUUUGGUGUGAGCUUAUUCACCCAACUUUUACCUAUGGUUCCAAGAACUAUAGCAUCCACAGUGGCCACAUCCUGACCGACCUUCCUGGCAGAUGGACUAAGUCAGGUUGA